AGAGCUCUUUUCCUAUCUGGUGCCCUGCUGUCUGAACCCUUUCGCUUUAACGCACCGCUCUCCUCCUCGGCUAGGGCUCCGGCGAUCCGGAGAUCUCCGUCUCGAUCUCCGCCGGCGUCUCCCUCGUCGGGUCCCCGUUCCUUCUACCGAUCGGAUAUCGGCUUGCUGUCUUAAUCGCCGGCUUGAUCGCUAGCUUGCCGUCGGAGAAAAGCUCGUCGGCGGGCGAUUGAGGUCGCGCUCCUCCACUUCCUGGUUACUGGUAUUAGUGAAAAAACUGCCAGCAGCUUUUUGAGCACCUGAGAGUCAAGAAAUUGCAUAGAAAACACCAGCAUCUUUGGAGCACAAGCUUGCAAAAGGAGAUUUUUGGAGCAAGAACUUGCUGAAGAAGAAAUUUAAGAUUCAAGAGACUUGUCAUGGCGGAUUCUUUUACCAUCCAGAUAAGCUCCAAUUUAGUUAACCGACUGUCUGGUGAUGAAAAUAAGAUGAAGAAAACCAAGAAACCCAAGCCAAAAGUUUUACAGGAACCUCGUCAGCCCCAGAGCAAGGUGAAGUCAGCUCCCAGCGCACCAACCAGCGGUUCCAGUGGGGCAUGGCCGCUCCAGACUCCUAUGUUCUUACCAGUAGCCCCUCCGCCCCCAGUUGCAAUUGCAGAGCUGGAAGCAAUACGAUCUGUACUCCGGGAGAGUGAAAGAGUUGUGGAGAAGCUAGAGAAACAGGAGUCUAACAUGCUUCAGGAGCUCAAUCAGAGAGCAAAAGAACUACGGGACAAAGAAUUCUCGCUGCCCUACCAGAAUCCCAUACCAUGUACAGCCCAGAGAGAGGCCUGCCUACAAUGUUACAAGGAACACGCCAAGGAUCCUCUGAAAUGUGCGCAAGCGGUGAAAAACUUUGCUGAUUGCGCUCGCCAGGCAAGGCAGCAGGUCAAUUGAACAAUCUAUAGAACUUGCAUUGGGACAAAGCAGGAGCUAUGCAAAACAUGUUUGUUUUUAGAUUCAAUAACCAGAGCUUGAUGGAACAUGGCAUCAUUUUUCAGAAACUAUUCAACUACUGCAUUUCCUCUUACCAUUCAGAUUUGUUAUUCUAUGAUCAUUAACUUGCACGAGAAUCAGAGCUGCAGGAUUUCAACUGCACGUUUCACACCUUUCAAAUAUAAUGUGUACGCUGAAACCUUAUGACAAUACACUGGCUAUAUGCUUCUCCCA